GCGAACGGGAUUAAGGGCGAAACGACCCGAGACCGACAGUUAUUCUGAAAUGUCAAACUUCACUGAGUGUCCAAUAUUUCCUGAUAACCCAAGUCGCUGCACCAACCUGAUUGCUGUGAGAAGAACAUCUGCAGCAAUAUCACUGAUAGGAUGUAUAUUCAGCAUAUUUGUCAUCUGGUUGUACAAAAGAUACAUGGCCUUUUCUCAACGCCUGAUUAUGUACAUGGGCAUUGCUGGAUUGGGAAUGAGUAUCGCCUUUCUCAUGGGGAGCCUCCACCCAGAUGGUGUACUGUGUGACUUCCAGGCCUACUUGAUGACCGUGUUUGAGUGGGGUGUUCUCCUGUGGAUCUCAUGCGUUACCUUCAAUUUGACCAUCAACGUGCUGUGGAAGAAAACUACUGAAAAAUAUGAAUGGCUCUACCAUGUGGUGUGUUGGGGACUGGCCCUUUCCAUAGCCUGCGUGCCUUUCAUAGGCAACCACUAUGGACCCGCAGGAGCCUGGUGCUGGGUAGUGGAAGACUGGCGAUGGAGAUUGGGCAUAUGGUAUGGUCCACAGAUUGUCGCCCUGUUCAUCCUGAUGAUUGUGUACAUCUACAUAUCUUGUGUACUAAGCAGGAAGGUGUCCACGUGGGAAGGCACAUAUGACCCUAACACAGAACGAACAAAGCAACUAUUAAAGGAGGACAUUCGGCCACUGAGGCUGUACCCAUUUGUGUACCUGGCAAUCUCCAUAUUUCCCAUUAUAAACAGGAUACAGAAUGCAGUGGAUGUCCACAAUCCAGUGUACGCCCUGAUGAUACUACAGGCUAUAUUCUCACCAUCGCAAGGGUUUCUAAAUGCCAUUGUGUUUGCGAUGGAUCGUGAAACAUUCCGUAAACUGCACCCCGUCUAUCUCAAGAUGGCUUGGGAGAGUCAUCGCCGGGAUAAUGGCAUUCAUGAAUACCCUCUGCCCAAAGCUACCAGUGUGAAUGAACAGGAAACUCCACUGUUAAGUUGAUAUUGGCAACUGGUUGCCCUGUUAAAUCGCUUCAGUAAGAAUGGCAAUCAUACAAGAGUAUCCAGAGUCGCGGGGAUGAGAUUGAAGAGGAAGUAGCAGUAGUAGUAGG